GGGACUUGACAAUGGUGGAUCCCGGGGCCGAGCCUUGGGAGGAGGACUUCUCAAUGGAUAGAGAACUGGUUUUGAAUACUUUUUUAAGACUCAGUGGAGCUAAAGGAGACACAACAACCCCUGUGGAUAUUCUUUCUCAGGCGAGAUAGAGCUUUUUUACUUUGUUUUUCGAGCGUUUGCAGCUCAGUUUGAGCUAAACAGGUGGUGUUGUAGCGCUUUUUUUUUUCAGAGCAAUUUCCUGUUGUUCCCUGGAAAAGAAGGGAAAGGGAAAGUUUACUCGCUCCUGUUAGGAUCUGUAUGGAAUCCAAAGUGCUGUGGAUUUAAAGUUGGUCUGUUUAAAAAAAAAAAAAAACAUUUCCUGCGUUUCCUGAACUUAGUGUGGAUAACCUGGAACUAGUGCAGCCGCCUCCCGUGGAAAAGACAACACUGAAUUGGACCCACGCUAUGGGCAACAAAGAAAACCUCUCAACAACUGGACAAGUUAUUUUAUAACCAGCGAGCACAUUCAGCCUCGAAAAUUUGCGGAUACAUAGAGUUGGAGAAAAUGAACACUACGCCAGGAUGGAAAGGGAAUUAUAAAUGAGUCUUUUGGCAAACAAAGAAGGACACCUCUGUCGGACAGAAUACCGCCGAGCAAAGGGAAAGCUUUGCGAGAAAUGGAGGAGGAAGGCUCACUGGAGCCAAACAAGAUACUGGCAAAGGUCUCAUUUUCGUCUUUAACGGGGUCCUUUUCAUAACAGAGCCACUUAGUUCAGCUAGCCAUCAAACAUUCUUUCCUUUGCCAAUGCUGCAGUGGUUUUCUCGUCGUGUGUGAAAAUGAGGGUGGAUCUGGUGCAGUUGUUUGUGAUUUUGCUGCUCGGUGGCGGCGGCGGUGGUUCGGCGGUAUCAUCUGAUUGCAAAUCAUAUGACGAACGCCCGAAAAGCGUAGGAAAAGUGGUCUGCAGCAACAUGGAGCUCCAUCAGGUGUUACCCCCGGACUCCUUCCCCAACAGGACAGUCACACUAAUUUUAAACAACAAUAAGAUUCAAGAACUCAGAAAUGGAUCUUUCUUUGGAUUGUCUGCCUUGGAAAAAUUGGACCUGCGGAGUAACAUGAUCAGUCGUAUUGAACCAGGCGCUUUCCUCGGAUUGCCAGCACUCAAAAGACUGGACUUGUCCAACAACAGCAUCGGCUGUCUCAACAUUGACAUCUUCAAGGGCCUCACCAGUCUGAUCAGACUAAACCUUUCAGGGAACAUCUUCUCUUCAUUGGCUCAAGGGACCUUCGACAGCUUGGUGUCUCUAAAGUCAUUGGAGUUUCAGACGCCGUUCCUGCUAUGUGACUGCAACCUGCUGUGGCUGCUUCGUUGGAUAAAAGAGAGGGGCAUCGUGGUCAAAAACACUAAAUGCUUCUUCCCCCAGUCUCUCCAGGGCCAGCACAUUACCUCCUUCAGGCCAGAGCUCCUCACCUGUGAUGCUCCACUGGAGCUGCCCUCUUUCCAGCUGACUCCGUCCCAGCGCCAGGUCGUCUUUCAGGGUGACAGCCUGCCUUUCCAGUGUCAGGCCUCCUUCGUGGCGGAGGACAUGCAGGUGCUGUGGUACCAGAAUGGCCGCAUGGUCAAGCCUGACGCCGCACAAGGCAUCUUCAUUGAAAAACGCAUGGUGCAGAACUGCUCUCUGAUUGCUAGUGCUUUGACCAUCUCCAACAUUCAACCUGAUUUUACCGGGAACUGGGAGUGCCGGGUCAGGACAAGCAGGGGCAACACCACCAGGACUGUCCACAUCGUGGUGUUGGAGAGUUCUGCUGAGUACUGUGCUCCUGAACGCGUCUCAAACAACAAGGGAGAGUUCAAGUGGCCGCGCACCCUGGCAGGGAUCAGAGCCUACCUCCCCUGCACCAGGCUUUCAUCAAGCGCAGGCAGCUACUCGGGCAGCUCGGGCGAAGACCAGCGGGCGUGGCGCUACUGCGAUCGCAAGGGGUUGUGGGCGGAGGACGACUACUCCCGCUGCCCGUUCCAGAAAGAUGUCACGCGAUUUCUACACGUCAUCUACCAGAUGCCUCUGAAUGAGAGCAACGUGGUGGCCAGGGCGCGGCGCCUGUUGGUCUACACAAUCGAUGCGGUAAACUUCUCAGACAAAAUGGACAUCAUCUUUGUUGCUGAGAUGAUCGAGAAGUUCAGCAAGUUUGUUGAGAAGUUUAAAGAUCUGGGUGAAGUGAUGGUAAGCAUGGCCAGUAACUUGAUGCUGGCCGAUGAGAGGGUGCUGUGGAUGGCUCAGCGUGAAGCCAUGGCCUGCUCCCGCAUCAUCGCCUGCCUCCAGAAGAUUGCAGUUUACCGUCUGGCCACUGCACAGGUCUUCUCCCUGACAUCUCCCAACAUAGCACUGGAGGCUCACGCUGUCAGGGCCAACGACUGGAACGGCAUGACCUGCAUGUUGUUCCAGAGGCCCAGCCCAGAGCGCAUACCCGGCCAGGACCGCCAACUCACCUUCAAAUGCAACACAACUAGCUCUUUCUCCAGCAUCCUUCACAAGCAGAGUACCAUUGUGGAGGCUUCCCUGCAGCUUCCACAGGCUCUCUUCACCCAAGCUGCAGUCCCCGGGCAGGCAGAGGACACGGUCUACAAGCUCCAUCUCCUGGGCUUCCGCAACGGCAAGUUUUUCCCCUCCACCAGCAACUCCUCCCAACUGGCUGAUGGUGGGAAAAGAAGGAGUGUUGCUACUCCUGUCAUCAUGGCCAAGAUAGAGGGUAUGUCCCCGCGUGUCCUGAGGACGCCUGUUAACAUCACUCUACGGCGGUUUGCACGUGGCUCAGACGCCGUGUCCGCCUGCUGGAACUUCAGCCUGGCAGGAGGCCACGGAGGAUGGCAGAGCGAUGGCUGCCGCAUCCUGGGCCAUCAUGACAACUUUACCACCAUAUCCUGCAACUCUCUUGGCAACUAUGGCCUGCUGAUGGACCUGAGCAGUGUGGAGUUUUUCUCUCAGAGCAUCCAGCCCCUGCACCCAGUCAUCUACGCCACUGCUAUCAUACUACUCAUCUGUCUGUUCACCAUUAUCGUCAGCUACAUCUACCAUCACAGGUCUGUCCGUGUGAGCCGCAAGUUUUGGCACAUGUUGGUCAACCUCUGCUUCCACAUCUCCCUCACCUGCGGGGUCUUUGUCGGCGGCAUCAAUCAGACACGAUAUGCAAGCGUGUGCCAAGCAGUGGGCAUCUUGCUGCACUAUUCCACUCUGGCUACCGCGCUGUGGGUCGGUGUGACUGCUCGCAACAUUUACAAACAGGUGACACGCAAAGCCAAACGUUACGAGGAGCUGGAUGAACCUCCGCCACCACCACGGCCUAUGCUGAGGUUCUACUUAAUCGGCGGAGGGAUACCCAUCAUUGUAUGUGGGAUCACUGCAGCAGCUAACAUCAAAAACUACGGCAGCCGGACCAAUGCACCAUAUUGCUGGAUGGCAUGGGAGCCAAGUAUCGGGGCUUUUUAUGGCCCGGUGGGAUUCAUCAUCUUUGUGGACUGCAUGUACUUCCUCAGCAUCCUGCUCCAGUUGCGCCGCCACCCUGAACGUCGUUAUGAGUUUAAGGAGCCAACCGAAGAGCAGCAGCAUCUGGCUCCAGCACACACAGAGGCUGGAGCAGAUGGUCCCAGCAGCCACUGCCACCCCCUCACUCUCCAGCUGCAGCCUCACGAGGCGUCAUCCUCCCUCGUGUCUGCGCCCCACACUGUGCCCCUGUCGGCCCUGGAGAACGAGCACACCUUCGCUGCUCAGCUGAUGGGUGCAACAGGGGCGUUAGGGCUCUAUGCAGCCCUAUGGGUGUUUGGGGCCAUGGCCGUAUCGCAGGACCACCCCUUUGACUUAGCUUUCACCUGCCUGUUUGGGGUGGCCGCACUGGCACUGGGGGCGUUCAUGGUGGCGCAUCAUUGUGUCAACAGGCAGGACAUGAGGCGCUUUUGGUCACAGGCCUGUUGCUCUGGUAGACGAGCCUACUCUGCUCAGGAAGAUGUCCUUCUGCCUCAGCCAGGCGUGGCGUUGACAUCCACAGCAGGGUCUGUGAGCAAAGCAGAUGGGGAGUCAACAAAGUGUGGCCACAGCAGUGCAGACUCUUCUUACACAAAUAAGAGCGCUCCAAGUGUGCGCAACUCCGCCCAUGGCAGCAAGCUGACCAAUCUGCACGCAGAGGCAGCUCAGUGUAAGUCCGCCUCUGCCCCGGUGACAGCCAACGGUGCAGCUGUUCUGGACAACAGCCUGACUGAACAUUCAAUAGACAAUGAAAUUAAAAUGCACGUAGCACCAGUUGAGGUGCAGUUCCGCCCUGUGAUGAACAACAUCAACAAUCCAGCAGCUGCCACUAACGGACACGCCAGCAGGCAUCACAAGAACCGAGCACGGGCGCACAGGGCCAGUCGGCUAACCGUGCUGCGCGAGUACGCCUAUGACGUCCCCACCAGUGUGGAGGGCAGCGUACAGAGCGCCCCCCACAGGCGGCAACAUCAUUAUGACGUAGCGGCACGCAACAGUCGUCGGGCGGCCUACAUGGCGUACAGAGAGAGGCAUCAGAGCCAGCUGCAGCAGGACAGCAGUGACAGCGCCAGCCUGCCACGACGCUCCCGCUACGCAGAUAAAGGAGGGGGCAGCCCCAUGGGGAACGGGUCGGUGGUGACUGAAGACACUGAGCAGGCCGGGGUGACUACUGCCGCUGGGUCGAGCUCCAGCAAAGACUCUGGUCCUGUACAGCAGCCAAGCAGCACAGAACUAGAAAGCCAACCCAAAUCAUAUGGGCUCAACCUCAUCACUCAAAACGGUGGCACACUUAAAGAAAACGGGCAGGCCGUGCCUUUAAUUAACACAGAGAGUGCAGCCAGUAUAAAGACUGGCUUGUGGAAACAUGAAACUACUGUGUAGCGACAGUUUCCGUCCCAAAGACUGCAUUGUGGUAUGCUCUUGCCUUUUAAACUGUGAAAUGUCUUUUUUUUUUUUUUUUUUUGAUUGUAUGUUUAUUUUAUGUACAAUCCAAUCAUUACUGCCACUGAACUAUCUUUGUAGAUAUGUUUUUGUAAAUGGUCUAUUUUUAUAACUUUUAACCUUUUGCCAUUUUCUGUACAUGAAAUUGCAUGGUCUGAGCUGUGGCCCUGUGCAUACCCUUACCCCGGGGAUGUUUUUUUUCAUUUUCUAGUUUGUCCCUACAAUAAUAAAACAAAAGUUUGGUUUAUCUAA